AUGGAGGGAGGAGGUGACUUGUCUCUGAAGAACUGGCCUGGUUGGGUGGAGCAAGGGACGCUCCAUAUCCUGCACAUAAAGGAGAAGAGCGCAUAUGCGAAACCGUCAUGGGGGCGGGCGCCUGCCACAAGACUAAUUUCAAGGUUGACGCUGGUCACUGGAGGAGGCAGUGGGAUUGGGCGGGCGGUGUGUCAGCGUUUCGCCUCUGAGGGCGCCUCUGUGGUGGUUGCUGACAUCAGCAAGGAGUCGGCCAAUGAGACGCUGGGGAGCCUGCAGCGCGACCUUAGAGGGCAGGGUCACAUGGCGGCUGCGAUGGACGUGAGGUCAAAAGAGAGCGUAGCCAAGCUGGUCACAAGUAUCCAGACUCGAUACUUCCAGCCUCCGUCAGUGUGUGUGAACGCAGCAGGCAUCACCCAGGACGACUUCCUGCUCAGCAUGGAGGAGGAGCACUUUGACAGAGUCCUCCAGGUCAACCUGAAGGGCUCAUUCUUGGUGACUCAGGCCAUCGCUCAGGCUCUGGUGGCCUGUGGAGCACCCAAAGGAUCCAUCGUUACUGUGGGCAGCAUCGUGGGAAAGGUGGGAAACAUCGGACAGGUGAAUUACGCUGCCUCUAAGGCCGGAGUGGAGGGUUUAACCAAAACAGCUGCCAAAGAGCUCAGCAGGUUUGGGAUCCGGUGUAACUGUGUGCUGCCCGGGUUCAUAUCGACUCCGAUGACGGACAAAGUACCAGAGAAGGUUAUUAGCAAGAUCAAGUCCCUGGUGCCAAUGGGUAGGAUGGGCGAAGCUGCAGAGGUCGCUGAUGUCUGCGCCUUCCUCGCCUCAGAUGACUCUCGAUACAUCACAGGAGCCAGCAUCGAGGUGACGGGUGGGCUUUUCAUUGGUUGACUCGGCUGUCUGUCACAGUGAUGAGGACCAAGGGGAGACCAGCUGCUAUAUAAUGUAAUAGUUAAAUAGAGUAUUAUGUGUCAUGCAGCUGACUGUGAAUGGGAAGUGUACAGUGACCUAAAGAUACUUUAUGCCAAUAAACACCUGUUUGUACAUAAAGUUGUGUAACAAUGUUCUACCUCUCCCUUCACACCUUGCUGAGCCCCGGACGACUACUUCAGAAAUGACCGGUUCAAAUCCGCACUGCGCCGUGGGGCUUGUUGGUGUUAAUGAAGCUGUCGUUUGGAGUCUUGGUGGUGGAACAUGAGCUGUACAGUUUGAUGCCAAAGUCACUCAGAUCCUUACGCAUGGCCAUUUUUCCUGCUUCCAACACAUCGACUUUGAGGACUGAAUGUUCAC